AAAGGGAAUGACAAUUUUGUCCUGAAGUGGGUAAUCUACGAGUUUUCAAUAAUUUUAAUUGUAGGUAUCUUAAAUAUUAUAAAAAAUUCGAAUAAAAUGAUUAGAACUCAAUCUCAUCAAUCUCUUCAGUGGUUAUUAUAUUUCUUGUAGUAUAUCACAACAACCUUACUACACUAUUCUCUUUGAACUCGGGUUUUAUGUGUAAGUAUAUGCUAAUGCUAAUAUUCAUCAAGCUAAGGAUGUUCCCUUUUCAUAACUGAAUAAUCUACUGCUACGAAAAAUCAUCGUGGCAACAGGUAUUUUUGAUAUCAUCUAUCAUGAAAUUUAUUCCAAUCACCUUUUUUUGUCAUUUUAAUAUACUGUGAUAUAAUGUGACCGUUCUCUUAGUCAUGAAUAGCAUUUUUAUAUCAUUUUACAUUAAUACUAGGUUCUCUCUCAAGAAAAUACUUGCAUGCUCAACAUCUUUCAACAAUUUCCUCCUAGUUCACAUAUUUAUAAUUAAUACUAAGCAGUUUGUUAUUUUUGUUCUAAUUUACUCAGUCGUUAUUUACCAUUUGACCAAUAUCCUGAGAAAGUUUGGUUCAAGGAAAAUGUUUGUUGUUUUAAGUAGAGGAUUUGUCAAAUUUAUAUUUACGGCAUGGAUACUAAUUUACUCGAUGCUUCCUAUAAUACUUAGGUUUGUACUUAAAUGA